UGAUGUCACAGACACGUUCCUGUUUGGAAGCUGUUCACCUGCCAGCAGGGUCUUGGGCAGAAACCAGCUUGUAGCAGUGACACGUCAAGAAUUUACUCCGCAGCAGAAUGAAGAUGAUCUGGAUUUCGUUUCUUCUCAUUGGACAUGUUAUCUGUGGACCUGUGAGAAAAGACUAUAGAUCAGAUAGUGUCGACCCAAGAUUCAUGCAGCCGCCGUUCUCUGGGUUCUGGUACAGUGGCGUUGGGAUGAAUCCUGGCAGUGGUAGCAGCUCCCCUUUACCAAAUCAACUCAACCCAAGCACUGCCAAAAAAGUUCCUGCUCAAGAUGAUGGCAGUUUCAGUGGCAGGCAAGAUUUUUACAGCACCACCACCAACAUGGAUGAGACUGACCGUGGUAAUGAAGAAGACAGUGGCCCUGAGGAAAGUCAAUAUUGGGGUUCUGUUGCAGCGUAUGCUCCAGGUAACGAUUAUGGUGGUGAAGCUGCAGGAAGUGAGCCUGUCGUGAGUCAAGACCCCAACGCUGAAGCUGUGGCCCGUUACUACACUGAGGCUUCCGCUGCUAAGGCCCCUGAGCCGGUCUUCAGCGACGUGUCAGAUCUGGAGCCAGUUUACUCCUUCAGCUCUCGUUCAAGAUACAACCGAGGAAGAGCAGUGUUCUCUCAGACCCGCUACACCCCAGGAGAGCCUCCCUUUUUUCCUCUCAUGCCUAUGAGCAGAGUCCGGAGACCGUCAGUGCAAAGCCGGCCUGCUGACGCUCCAGCCAAGGGGGGCUUCUAAAUCUGACACUGUCUCAGUAUCUAUGUUCUCUUACCUGCAGUCUAUCAGGACACUUACUCUGUCUUUACCACAACAUUCUCCAUGUUGCUGUCUCACAGCUGACUUACGCUUGUCUUGACCUCUGUUUUUGCUGCACAUGAUCUGAUAUGAAUAAAUGAUUUAAAGCUAAA